AUGGCACACAUUGCCAAUUGCAUGCGCUCGGAUUCCGAAAAGUCUCCUGUUUAUAUAACUCUAGAAACGUCCUCCAGGAUGGUAAGCCACUCUGCUCCACUCCACAUUGCAAUGAACUACCAUUUGCCCCGACGUUCACGCUCACUCAGAGAUAUUCAGGCUACUCGAGACUCCCAAUCGCCCACCAUCUCUUCUCACUCCAAAAGCCCCUCGCUGGCGACCCUCCAACAGCCAAGUACUUCCAGGUACCAACUUUGGCCUUCUUCCAAAAGCCCUGUCGGAUUGCCAAAGCACAAAGAAUCUUCUGACAAGCUGGCUGCCCUUUCAGCUGGUCGUUCUGCCACUUCUCUCAGUGACACUGCCGUACUGCCUGAGAGCAGUCUACCCUUUUGGCAGCGCACUGGAUCCUUGUCAAGAAGGAGGAAAGUCAGUGUACCUGAGCUUGGAAACACCAUGACUACCGUUCAGGAAAUGUCUAUCGACUCGCCAACCAUCCCAGGGAGACCACCUCUUCGAAAGCUUUCUUACGAAGCUUUCGGUCACGAGAGAUCGUGCAGUGCUCCCGGCUCCAACUGGAGGACGGGUCCCUUUGGCGAUGCAAUGAUGGCCUGUGUGACAGGUCCUUCCCCUGUCCCAUCUCACCAUACCAACGGCCCUAUGUCCUCUGAUCUGCCCAAUGCUUCCGGAAGACCGCUAUCCCCAAUCCUUAGCCCCGGUGCAACACCCAGACCCUAUCUCAAGGUUCAGACUGCCAACAUCGACGAGGAAUCCGAGCUUCGCCCACAAGUACCGCCUAAAUCACCAGCCGUUGAACGCAAAACGUCUCCAGCCCCACUCGUACUGAACUCUAAAGCAAGCCGGCCACAGCUGACUACGCCUGCAUCAACGACCUCAGGUGGUAACACACCACUGAGUGCGAUGGACCUCCGACGAUCACCCAAUGGCAGCAUUCCUCUGCCUACCCCACCCUCGACCUUUACCAAUCCUUUCUAUGCAUCAUCACCCGCCUCGAACCGAGGCUCACCUCGCACUGAGAGGAGAGAUCCCAUUUCGUCACAAAGUUCUACUCACAACCGAAAUAUGUCUGAGUCAUCCAUCAUGGAAAGAGGUCGGCCUAAGCGACGCAACAGCAAGAGAGAACGCAGCCGGACCAUGUCAGAGGCUAAUGGCUCGGAACCUACUCCUGACGCAUGGAAGCUGCCUGAAGGCAUGCGUGUGCCAGAAGCUGCGAGACGUAUGAGUGACGCCGACAAGAAGCUACUCCACAAGCAGGCCUAUGAUCAAGCUGGCAACUUCGAGGUGCUCAACAAACGUGAUGUAGCAUCAUUAUCAAGGGAACUCAGAGCACUCGACGAGCGCUGCGACUACCUUCGAAAGACCUACAAAUCACUACGUGCGGGCCGCCAAAAGCUACAUGGCCGUAUGAUUGCUUAUCUCAGGCGCGGAGAAACCGUCAUCUUCUCACGCGAAUCACUUCUCAAACAGGAAGAGGCACUCGCGGAACUGGACAUCUCGAUCGACGAGUUCAUUCUGAAACUAGAGCAAGCCGAAAAUCGGCGCUUGCGCCUUCGACAAAAGCUACUCGAGCACGUCGCGGCUGCCAUUGUGCUCAACCCUAGUGCGCGGGAUCAAGUAGCCGAAACUACUCCACCUCGAAGCCCUGUAAAGAUCGACAGCCCAUCUCGACAUGAACGAAAAGAGACCGAGUCUAUCAAGAUAUACGCCGACGGACACGUUUUGAAUCUCUUUUCUGACAUUGAGAAGGCCAUCGGCAAGAUGUGCGAGCAAACUUGCUGA